AUGCUUGUCGCAGAACCCCGCAAACUUACCCUCACACUUCUUGUGUACCUCGGUAUCGCCCUCGCCCUCAUUGGCUCUGUUCAAGCCAGCGAGCUUAAUCACGAAGGCCUCCUUCGAAGGGAUCACAUGAACCUUAAACGCAUGUUCAAGAAGCUUGCUGGUGCUGGAAGUGACCCUGCCAGCCUCUCUGAGUCUAGCUCCUCUGCCUCCGCAACCCUCUCCGCCUCCUCGAUCUCUACCUCCGCUUCAUCUACAGCGUCCUCCGUUUCAUCAACCUCUUCUUCGACAUCAUCGUCUGUAAGCAGCACCUCCAGCAGCGAAAGCGUGAGCUCGACCUCUGAAUCGAGCACAACCGUCUCGUCCACCACUGUAUCUUCGACGUCCAUCACUACAGCCUCCCCUACAAGCACUCAGGCUCCCCCUCAGACGUCUGACACGCUCAACUUGACUUUCAUCAAUGAUCCCGUUGCUGGCCCGUCAUCGCGCACAGUCACUGCAACCCAGUCCCAAGCGCAGGCUGAAGCCACUGAAUCUUCGGCUCCCAAAAAGAGCGGCGCUACCUCAACAAGCGGCAAGGUUCUGACGGUUAUCAUUGUCGUAGCUUCAUCCAUCGCUGGUAUCGCCAUCAUCUGGACUAUUUUCCGCAAGUGGAAGUUGGCUCGUUCUUCCAGAUUCGACGAACGUUUGCAGCCAAUCGACUGGCAACCGACCAACCCAGACGAAGGCAUCAUUCCCGCUCACCGUCGCGUCACGUCGGACACUUCAUUCCAGUCGGGCUCAAACCAUCACGGCGAUAACCUUGCAGGACGCGGUGUCGCCGCAGGAUAUGGAGCCACAUCAGAUCACGGACACGGCAGCGCUUCUGAUCACGACUUCGGCUCUGCUCACCUCGCACCCGUUGGUGGCUAUGCUGAUCUCGCUCGUGGGCCCAGCCCUCAACCGCAGAUGCAGCAGCUUGCGCACGGCCCCAGCAUGAACGGCCCCAACUACAACGUCGGUGUGCCCUUGCACCACCAGACUGGUUACGCGGAAGCCUACGACUACAAUGGUGGUCCGGUCAGGUUCUAG